AAAUACUUGUUGUGUAGUAGGUAUUUGAAGAUGAUCGUGACACCGGUGCUGUAAUUUUAAGGAGCUGAUGAAAUACAGUCUGCAUUUCCUUUUAAUACUGUGCGCUGUAGAAGGUUACCGCGGUCAAAGACCUUACCAAUGCGGAGCGAGACCAUGUUCACCAGAAUUCAACCCUGUAUGCGGGUGGAAGUUAUCGGAAGAGGGUGAAACCAUUGAUAAAAUGUUUCCAAAUGUUUGCGUAAUGGGAGAAGAAAACGAUUGUAACGAAAACGGUAAGUCACAAUACAAUCAUGUUCGAUAUCAAAAUUUAAUAUUUAUUUUUUUUUUUUUUUUAUUGAUGAUAUUUACAACUGUAUUACAAAUAAAAAUACAUUCAGUAAAUGUGAACUAAAUAUAAUAACAUAAAUUCACUUGAUGAGAAACUACCCACUGGUAGCACUCUAAAUGUAUUUACAAAAGGAGAUCUCGUGGCCAUCUUCUUUUCAGACGCCUCGGAGGGUUGUCAGGAAUCGAAUAGGAAGCAAGGUUAGAAACGAGAGGGUUUGGAUGGUUCUGAAGUUUGUUAUGGAAGGAUAGGUAUCUGGAUUGGGCCAGGUCAGUAACAUAAGGAACAUUAAGGUUGUUAUGGAUGAUUUUGUUUGUGACAAAGUAAGGAGCAGUGAGGAUUUUACGAAGGAUUUUGGAUUGUAAGGAUUGGAUACGGGAGGAAUUCGAUGGCUUAGUGGAGCCCCAGAGCUCAACUCCGUAAGUCCAAAUAGGUCUUAAUGUAGUCAUGUAUAUGAGUUUUUUGUAAUUGACUGGGAGCUUAGAGCGUUUGUCUAGAAAGUGCUGGAGUAGUCGGAAACGUCGGGCUGUUUCUUGUCGUUUCAGUCUAGUAUGAGGAUUCCAAGUUAGACGUUUGUCUAAGUGGAGGCCAAUGUAUCGAAUUUGUUCAACAGGGAUAAGUGGGUAUUAUUAAAGGAUACUGUAGGACAAGAGGACAUAGGUUUAUGACGAAGGAUAAAGGUGAUUUGAUGGGAAUAUUUAUUUAAUUAAUAAAUAGUUUUAGUACAAAAACAACAAAUAAAGCUAUUUUCAACAGCAUAGAUAAGGCAGGAACAAUGUAGUUCUCGAUUCUUCUCGUCUCCACCGUUUUUCCUUUUUUAAUUCUUCUCCGUUGCUUUUUCAAGUCUCUUCUCUCUCUUCCCUCGUUUUGGCUUCACGUUGGUUAGGAAUUACAUAAAUCGGUGGAAGCCAGAAGUAAGAGUAUAAAGUGCCUUGAAGGAAAUGAAAACAAAACGACAGAUAAUAAUCUUCUUAAUGGAGUCCUCUUCUACAGUUAACCAAUGCUGAGGAUCCUGGUUAUAGAACCUGAUCUAUGUAUCACUAUCUUGGUCAAUCAAAGCUGAUAUACUUUUUUCCAUGUACUUUUUUAUAAUUUAAUAAAUCAUAAUAACCAAAAUAUCAAAUAUUAAACCGUUUCUUUUUUCUUUUUUUUUAAAUUAUAGGUAUAUGAUUAAUUUAAAGAUAGAGGACAUAUGCAUAGCUAAUGGUAAUAAUUAGUUAUAUUAUAUAUCACCUAUUUAUAUAUAUAUAUAUAUAUAUAUAUAUAUAUAUAUAUAUGUAUAUAGUAGAGAGAGAAUCACUUUAUUAUCAUAAAAGGGUGCUGCCCAAUUACAUUGGGUUGCUUUAAACACAGCAUACUUAUUAAUCGCUACAGACAAUUUUCCAAAACUAAUAUACAAUUAUAUAGUAUUAACAACAUGUAUGAGCAUAAUAUACAUUUUUUUUUUAAAUUAAUUUAAAUAAUAUUAUUUAAAUCAGUAUUUAUAGUUUCAUUUAGUUUGUUGUAGAUUCACACCAUUGGAUUCUUUAUGAUACUUGCCCUUCACAAAUUGCUAUGGAUAAAGAAUCUUUAAAGGUGAAAUACCAAAAGGAAAAUGAGAAAGAUGAAGAAGAUUUUAGGAAAUGGUUAGAUGAUUUAGUAGAAUAAUGAAACAAUUUUUACGAGUUGAUAAAUGUUGAAUGCUUAUUUAAAUACAAUUUAAAGCUUAUUUCUUCAAUAGUAAUCCUUGAGAAAUCUAUGUUUAUGGAUUUAUGUACACCUUACUUAUUUGUAUCCGGCUAAGGUAAGGAAACGAGGAUUAUGUGUUUGGGUCGUCCGCUAAAAGCUUUUUAAGCGAAUGGCUGGAUUGAUUUAUAAGUUCGAUGGCUCAAAUUAUUCAGUGAGUUCCUCUGAGUAUUUUGAAACAAUUUGAGCUAUAAAUACUGACCCAUAAUUGAAUAAACUUUGUUUAAUUAAUUUGCAAAAAGCUUUGUAACGCUGUUUUGAGCGUGUGGCUGGAUCCAUUUUUAAGUUUGAUGGCUCAAAUUAUUCAGUGAGAUGACUACAAAGUAUGGAGCUUCACGAAUGGAGAGUGUUGAAUAAAUUUUCCCGACAAUAACAAUAAAAAUGUUUUCCUAAUGUCCAUAUGGAUAUACAGAUAUACUUAAAAAAAUAAAGAAAGAAAUUAAUUAAAUGCAAAUUGUUAUCCAAACAAAAAAUCUAAUUCUAACCAAAUCUUUGAGAUAAAUUAUUAAGGUUCAUACAUAAUACUUCGAAAUGGUUUCAUAGUAUUACUUUAUUCACAUAAAAGAUUUUCAUGACUACAAAGGAUCCUGUGUAGACCAAAUGACAAGCAUUUUGAUCUUGAUGUUUUGGAAAAAUUGUACAGUUUCUUAACGUUUGGGAACAGGAGUUGUAGUCGUACUUAAAGCUUUCUUCAGCAUCCCUUGUCUAUAUGUAGCAUCUCUGACAGGUAUUAUAGCACAAGAACAGCAUGAAGGAAUCACAAAUUCAUCUGUAAUUCGUUUCCCAUCCUCGUCCAAAGCUACCAUUCUUCGGUAUAUGUACUUCUGUUUGCACACAGUUUUGUAACCUUUAGGAAAUAAAUCACUAAAAUAGCAUUUUUGCUCAGGCUCAUUGCUCGUCUUCCUAAAAUGAAAACAUAAAUACUUUUUUUUAUUAUAUUUUCAGUGACGUACCAUGUUUACCUUGCGACCUUUAUAAUAUAAAAUAAUUCUUUUCCAAAAUGAUAAAAAUAUGAGAUUUUUUAACAAAAAUGGUACUACUCCAAUUUUGAAAAGAAAAAUUACUUAAUCAUGUUUAAAGAGGAGUAUACAUUUUCUUUCUUUAUAUUAAAAAGUUUCUUCUCCUCCUACUGCUUCUUCUGUACCACUGCAAACCCAAAAAGAGUUUUCGGUUCAGUAUCAUGUCUUGUUAAGUACUGUUUCUUGGCCAAUGGUUGUGGUGGGCGGUGAUUUGACCGAUAUCACCCUCAACCAUCAGGUUUUCCUCCUUAAUUAAUUAAUCAAUUAAGAGUACUCAAUUUAUAGAGACUGAUUAUGCACCAGACUAACUCUUUUGAGAAGAAGUUUGAAUGUUUAGAUAACACGGAAAUUGGGAGAGAAUCAUUGGGGAUUGCGGGAUUGGAGAUUUUAUUCAGUGGACAAACAAGAGCAGUUUUCCAGAAAUUGGGGAACGUUGAACUUAGUAAUGAAAUGUAUAGGUCUGAAACUAAAGUGCCUUUAUUAUCAUGGAGGUAUUAACCUCAUUGAAAUAGUGUUCCAUUAAAGUAUCUUUCCUUGCGAGAGCUCAUUACCGCAUAGGGGAGCAUCCCACGGGUAGCAGAUGUGAGGUUGGUCGUUGGAAAUUCAUCGGAAGUUCCUUCCAGGUAGGUUUGAUGGACUCGCUGGCCAAUAAUGAGAGAGGCUCUCCAGACUUGCUGGAGGGUGUGACAUAGGAUCGAAUGCCCUACUCACAUAUCUAUAGUUCAUAAAAUACCAAACAGUCAAAACUACUUAGUUCUUGGUGUCCCGAAACUUAAAUAUUAGAAUUUGCAAAACCAUUAUGCUUCCUACGGUUCUUUAUCGAUUUGAAAUGUGGUUACUGACAUUAAGAUAUGAGCAACGUCUUAAUGUUUUUGAAAAUAAUAAUGUAUUGCACAGAAAAAGGACAAGUCAACCGAAGAAUUUAGGUGGUUACACAAUGGUGAAUUGCGUGAAAUGUAUCCGGUUAACAUAAUUGAGAUGAUUAAGUUGAGGCGAAUAAAAUGGGCAUGUAAAAUUGCUGGGCUUAGUAACGAAAGAAUUCCUAAAAAGUUAAAAGGCGCUGUACGUACCGACUGGCAAGUGUCUGAUCGGUAGACAAAAGCAAAAGUGGGAAGAUUGCGUUAAGGCUGAUCUGGCAGGGUUGGAUUUAGACGGUGCCCGGUUGAUGGGAGAAUGUAGACAUUAACCGGGAGCGAACCUUUGGGCUCGCUAACUAAGCCUUAUUGUUAUUAUUAAAUUAUCUUUAUUUUUGUUUAGAAAAAAUAAUUAUAGGUCUUUCAUUGUUAAUAAUAAUACAAAAUGGAUAAAUAUGAACUAUGAAAGAAUUAGAUUAUUAACUAAAUGAGAAAAUGAGAGAAAUACCUUAGCAGAUUGAUUACACAUUUUUGAAAAUCUGAAUAAUAACAUCGAUGUAUACAUUAGAAAACUAAAAAUGUACAUUUAAUAUAUAAGAUUAUAGAAGGUAAUGGGGAAUGAUGAAAAGAUAAUUACUUUUAAUUGUUGUAGUUAAUAAUGUCUAAUUUUAUAUUGUUGAAAGGGAAAUAAAUGUCUCCAUUGAAACUAUACGGAAUUUCCAUAAAAUAUAUAGAUUAUAUUUUUAUUUUUUUCAACUUGAUAAACCAAAAAUAUAGAGUGCACAGGAUUAUCAUAAUUUAUAUUAAUCGUCUAAAGUUUGUAUUUAUAAUUGAAUUAAUAUGUUUACGGUUAAUUAGGUUUAUUGUUAGAAAUACAAAAUGCAUAAAUAUGAACUGUUAAAGAAUUUGAUAACUAAAUAAAAGGAAAAAAGAUAUAAAUAUUUUGACAGUUUGUUUAAUCCCACAAAUUUUAUUUAAUGUUAUCAUGUUUUGCACAUAUACAUAAGAAAAAUUUUAGACUUUUUUCAUAUUCAUUGUUUUAACUUAAUAUUCUCCAAUGAAUUCAAAUUGAAAACUUAUGCAAGUAGCUAAUUCUGAAUAAAUUAUAACAUUAAAUUUAUAGAUGACCACCCGUCACUUAAAAGCAUAAAGUAAUUUGAAAUGAGAUCCUUUAAAAUCAUCUUAGUGUGUGGUUCUAGUUAUAAGUGAUCAAAACAAUGGGUUGAAAAUUGAUAAAUUCAUUUUUUUUUUUAAGUCUUUUUCCUAUUUAAAACUUGCAUCGCUUUUCCUUACAAAGGAUUGGAACUUAAAUUAUGAAAAAUAUGUUCAAAUAUAUGCAUUCAACAAUAAAUAAAGAAAAGAAAAUUGAAUUUAAAUGGUCUAAACAAGAAACAUUCAAAACCAGGGUUUCAAAUUGAUAAUAAAAAAAAAAUCAAAAUGAAAUCUGAUCUAAAUUUUUAUCUGAAAUUUUGAAAAAUUAUUUGAUGACAGUUAUUAAGAGCAAUUUUUAAUUUUUAUCUUAAGUGAUAAAAAUCAUAUCCUGAUCAUUAUUUCUGAACAAUUUUUUUUAAUUAACAAUAAUAAUAAUUCUUGAGUAAUACUGUUUUCAAUCAGAAAUAUUGAAACUUAAAAUAUGAAAAACAUGUUCAAAU